CAAGAAAUUCUCUUAACCUACGCACCCUUGUACACACACCACAGGCUCUCUCAUGGACAAGGCUGUACCCGAGCCGUGGAGACCGGACCCGGUCCAGUCAUCGAUGUUCCGGCCGCCGGAGACCCCGCGGGAGCCCAUGGAGUUUCUGUCCCGGUCAUGGAGCGUGUCGGCUCUGGAGGUCUCGAAGGCUCUGGCCCCUCCACAUAUGGUGGCCUUGUCAAAGACCUCCAGUGGUGUUGUUAAUGGCGGAGCUAUAAUGGAGGACUUGGCGGCGGAGUUGGAGGAGAAUGCUACGGUUUCUGGGAACCCUUUUUCGUUUGCUUCUUCCGAGACCUCGCAGAUGGUCAUGGACAGGAUCAUGUCACAGUCGCAGGAGGUAUCCCCACGCACCUCAGGCAGGCUCUCACACAGCAGUGGCCCUCUCAACGGCUCCUUAACCGACAGCCCACCUGUUUCCCCCUCUGAAAUGGACGACAACAAGUUUUGCCGCUCAAACAACCCACAAAACACCCAGUUUCGUACUUCAGCCACACCGGGCGGCGGCUUUGGCAGUACCGCCCAAACGGGCGGCGGGGGCAAGACCGUGGGGAGGUGGCUGAAGGACCGGAGGGAAAAGAAGAAAGAGGAGACGAGGGCCCUUAACGCCCAGCUCCAUGCCGCUGUUUCCGUGGCCGGGGUGGCUUCUGCUGUGGCCGCGAUUGCUGCUGCCACGGCCGCCUCUUCUGGGUCUCGCAAGGACGAGCAAAUGGCCAAGACUGACAUGGCGGUGGCAUCCGCCGCGACAUUGGUGGCCGCCCAAUGCGUGGAGGCGGCAGAGGCGAUGGGGGCCGAGCGCGAGCACCUAGCGGCGGUGGUGAGCUCCGCCGUCAAUGUCAGGUCGGCUGGGGAUAUAAUGACAUUAACAGCCGCGGCGGCGACAGCUCUACGUGGGGCGGCCACGUUGAAGGCAAGGACAUUGAAGGAAGUGUGGAACAUAGCGGCCGUUAUACCGGUGGAGAAAGGGAUGGGCGUUAGUGGUAACGGCAGUAACGGUAGUUCCAACAGUAGUUACAGUGGUGAGCUUGUUCCUGAAGAGAAUUUCCUGGGCAUCUGUAGUAGGGAAUUGCUUUCUAGAGGCUGUGAGCUCCUCAAGCGCACCCGCAAAGGUGAUCUUCAUUGGAAAAUUGUCUCUGUUUACAUAAACAGAACGAACCAGGUUAUGUUGAAGAUGAAGAGCAGGCAUGUCGCUGGGACCAUCACAAAAAAGAAAAAGAAUGUGGUGUUGGAGGUGAUUAAAGAUAUGCCAGCAUGGCCCGGCCGCCACUUGCUGGAAGGGGGUGAGCACCGCCGAUACUUUGGGUUGAAGACGGUGCUGCGCGGAGUGGUAGAAUUCGAGUGCAGGAACCAGAGAGAAUAUGAUAUCUGGACUCAAGGUGUCUCAAGGCUCAUCUCCAUUGCUGCUGAAAAGAAUACCAAGCAUAGAGUUUGAAAUUGUGGCUCUUCACAUGCUUGCUUGGAGGAAAUUUUGGCCAAUGGCAAUGUUGGGACUAGGAUUUAUGGCCCUAUGAACAUAAUAGGUAUCAUCUUAAAGCUUGGUGGGGGCAGGUGUUUUUUUGGUUCCUAAUGUAAAAAGGAGAAAUGAAAAAGAUUAGUUAUUAUCCAGAUGGGUCACUUUAGUGUUGGGGGGAAUAUUUAUGGAGCUUUUCUUUUUGUUUCUGAAUGGAAAAGGUAAAGUUGAAUUAAAAUCAAAGUAACACCAUGUGAUCCUAGUCUUUGUUGUUUCAUUGUUGAUAUAUAAAAGAAAAGAAAAGCAGUAUCUUGGACUGGGACAGUCAAAAAGAGAAGGAAGGGAUCCAAGCUGAUUUUUAGAAGAAGAUAAGGACAUGUGGGGGAUUCUAUGUGUUGUAGGUUUUUGGCUUGUUCCUUGAUUGUUUUUGGCACUUUGUUUAUAAGAGACUUUUAAGGAUUCUGCUGUGCUGGAACCAUGAUUGUCUUCUUCUGUAAUCUUCCACUUUAUAUAAUAAUUCUGAUUGGAUUAAGUGAA